GCACUCAAGCCUUUACGACGUAACGUGAUCGUAUCUUAAGUCUGACAUGAAGACCAGUUUCUACUGAAGUCAACAUUUAAACUACCUGUGACCAUGGAUUGGAUGGGAUUUUGCAUCGAAAACGCAUUUACUAUAGCAGUGUGCUGGAUUUUAAUUGUAACUUUUAUUGUCGAGUUCUUCGUACUUCGAUCAAAACUGAAAAACAGAAAGCGACGACCAAUUAUACCAGGCCUGACGCCAAAGAACAAAGAAGAGGGGAACCUGGCGGACAUUGCUUCUGCCGGAAGCCUGCACGAGUUCUUGUUGAAGCUGCACCAGGACCACGGCCCCAUCGCCGCCUUCUGGUGGGGCGCCACCUACACCGUCAGCAUCUGUACUCAUGAUUAUUUUAAGCAGCAGCGCACCGCAGCUGACAGACCACUUGAUCUGUACGGGUUAUACCGGCCUCUGUUCGGGGACAAGUCGUGCUUGUAUGAGAACGGGGAGGCCGGACUGCAGCGAAGACGGGCGUAUGAUGUCGCCUUCUCUCAUGCAGCGUGCGGCAGAUAUCUCAAGCACUUCCAGAAGCUAGCUAACCGGCUUGUAGAGGGCUGGGGCGAGGUUCCGGCGGGGGAGCAGAUUCCAGUAUGUGAACACACGUCUUCGUACGCCCUGCGGGCCACGCUGCUCGCUCUGCACGGGGAGGAUAUGAAUGAUGACGCCACCGUUAACGACUUCAUGCGCGGAUAUAGAGUAAUCUGGGACGAGAUGGAGCUGCUCCUCACGGAACCGCUGACAGACGAGCGGGCGAAAGAACUGGAGAAAGGAAAGGCACGCAUUCGUGCUAUCACCGACACCAUUGUGGAAAGGCGGAAACAAAAUCCGCCAUCAGAAGAUGACAGACACUUUAUCGAUAUCGUGAUUAAUUACUCGCCCGAUGCGGAACAACAGUUUUGUGACGCUUUGGGGUACGUCAUUGCAGGGUUCCAUACCACAGGAAACAUGUUGGCCUUUGCGAUUUACUACAUGUGCAAGAACCCGGAAGUUCAAGAGAAGGUGCACGAGGAGAUUGUACAGGUUCUCGGAGAUGAUGACGUCACAAUCGACAAUAUACCGUAUCUGAUGUACACGCACCAGGUGCUUCAGGAAACGCUCCGCUGCGCGGUCGUGGCGCCAUGGGCCGCCCGGGUUCGUGACGUCCCAUUCAUUCUUGGCGACUACGUCAUACCAAAACAUGCGCCGGUCAUUCACGCACUUGGUGUAGCUAGUAAAAAUGCGGACGUUUUCCCGGAGCCGGACAAGUUUGACCCAGAGAGAUUCAGUCCCAAAAACAGCGAAUCUCGCCCGCCCCUUUCCUUUAUUCCGUUCGGCUUCGCGGGCAAGCGAAAGUGUCCGGCGGAAAAGUUCGCCUACGGAGAGGCAGCCAUCUUCCUGGUUGCUGUGUGCCGGAAGUUCCGUCUGGCGCUCGUGAACGACCAGGAUAUCCAGCAGGUGCAUGGGUUCGUCACCCAUCCGAGUGAUGAAAUCUGGGUGACGCUCACAAAAAGAUAGCCUAGUAUGCUAAAAAGCGCUACGAUUUGUAAAUUUAAAUUUUGGGUACAAUCAGGCUUAUUCCUGAAUGACAGCGGGAUCCAUGGUAGCAUAAUUAUGUUCCAAAAAUUGAUUGCGGAAAUACAUGUAGUAAUGCCAUCUCUUCACACAUCUACGUUUUGGCACAUAUAUGCAUUGUAUGAUUGCAUGUGUACAUGCGACUACGCAUAUCGGUGGAAGACUUUCCUUUGAUCUGUAAAAAUAAAGGUGCAGUUUUG